GUUAUCUUCGUCCAUUUUAACAAUUGUGGUAAAAUUAUAUUAGGGAGUACAAGUUGGCGAACGAGGUUAAUUACUGUGUCGGAGACGGUGACGCCACUGUCUCUUACACAGAUACGGGCUAUGUUGCCGGGGAGUGACCCACAACCAUAGAGACACAAUGGUGCUGCAGUGACAAUGUAAAUAGCAGGUGCCUGUUCUUGCAAUUCUCACAAAGCAUUAUUUAGUGUCACUCACAUUCUGUCAGUGUAAUGGUGAGGUGUUGUCGUCUUCGGACUCCUAGCAGCUAGCUAACUGUUGUUUUUGCGCUAACAAAUCAGCUUGGUGAGUGAGAUAGCCAGCAGCCCCGUUAGCUAGCUAAGUUAGCUAGCUAGCUAAGAACCUGCUUGCGCUCUGCUACUGGCAUUUUCUCUGCUAGAUAUUAUAACUGUCUAGCUAAUCUGUCUCAGAGGUAUUAUGGAGUUUCCUUUUGAUAUUAACCAGUUAUUCUCCGAGAGGGUCUCCAUCUUGGACCAGACCCUUGUUGCAGGUCAUAAAUCAGCAGGAAGGCCAGAUCUUCAAGCCCACGUAGCCUCAGUUAUUGAUGAACUUGGGAGAGCCUCAGCAAAGGCCCAACAGCUCAUAGCACCUAUAACAAGUGCUUCCAAGCUGCAGUCCCAGAGGCAUCAGCUCUUCCUGCUGAAGGACGGAGAGAGCAACGGAGGACGUGGUGUGGUCGUGGGGUUUCUCAAGGUUGGCUACAAGAAGUUAUUUCUGCUUGACCGGCGGGGUGUGCACAUAGAGGCGGAGCCACUGUGUGUUUUGGAUUUCUACAUAACAGAGAACUUGCAGCGACAUGGCUAUGGACUGGAGCUGUUUGAGUUCAUGUUGCAGCACAAGAAUUUAGAGCCAGUUCUGAUGGCUUACGACAGGCCCUCGCCCAAAUUCCUGUCUUUCCUGGCAAAGCAUUACUGCCUGACACAAAGCGUUCCUCAGGUCAAUAACUUUGUGGUGUUUGAGGGCUUCUUCCUCAACAGAGCAGCCCAGUUGAGAAAGGUUCCCCUAAAAAAGCCGGACGGAGAGAUCAAACCCUACUCUUUAAUGGAGAGAGAAGCGGUACGCCAGGAGCAGAGGGCUCUUCCCUGGCCGUUGGCUUCUCCUCACUCCCCCCAGCGGCCGUUGUCCCCUCAGUGCUCCCACUCCCUCAGCGUGGGAUCCUCCCCAAGCAGGGCGGCCCCUCGAGCCACCCCAGCUUCUGCCCCAGGGGGCAACAGGGAUCAGAGUCCACAGUCCCCUCUCAUCGAGUGCUGCAGGGCAAGGCGCACCAGCCAACAGGGUCUAGUUGCCAGACGCAGCCUGUACAGUCGGCACAUGGACAGCAGAGCUGUUGGACUGCUGGACAGACACUUUCCAGGUCUGAGACCAGUGGGGGAUCAGUCAUACGCACUGGGAUACACAGACACACACAAGAUGGCCAGUAUUCAUACACCACAAACCAGGUCCCAGCCCUCACUUCCACCUCUGUCUGCAUCCAAGAAGGUUGGCAUCUGCAGCCAGACCUCCUUAGUCAGCAGAGAGAGACACCUGGAUACAGAUGCUGAAGCCUGUGCUGAAGAGGAGAUCAGGGUGUUGGACAGGUCAAAGCAUCCAGCAGGAGGCACGUUGGUCCACCAGAGACAUCUGUUGGAGAAGGAGAGCGACAGAAGCAGACAAGGCUGGUCGUGGACUAUAGGGGAGAACUGCUACACCUCCCAGUGGGUGAAGCAGAAGCAGGAAUACAGGAGUACCCGGCCCUGGUGAUCAGGAGCUAGUUCUGUGAUGAUUGCCAUAAUUUAGAAAUUAUAUAAAUGUUGCUGCAAAAAUUUAA